GCUUUGGACUUCCCCAAAAGGCUUCAUAUCAAUGAAGAGAAUAUUCCUUGAUUAUAAACCCAUGAUCACGAAAAUACUAUGGAAGAUUGAAACUACUAACUUUCAGAGAAUCGGAUUCUAAAGGUGGGUUUAGUUGAGUCUGCGUCUACUGGAGUGUCAAGGGAGGUGGGCGGAAGUGGCAGUAGUAGUAGGCCACAAUUCCCACCAUCCUCACGAUUCCCUUUCCCUUAUUUACUCUGCGAAUCUCCCUCCUCCAAAGGCUAAGGCAUAGGGUCUCCUCCUCCUCCUCCUCCUCCAUCUCCAUGUCUGUCUUUGCUUGAUUUUCAGGGAACACAGACUUGUUCUGGUUCUACUCUCUACCAACACAGGACAUAAGAUGAGUGAUGGGACAGUUCCAGAUCGUCUCCAUAAGGGCGGGGAAUUGGCUGGGACAACAACGGAGGGAACCUCUCAUGUUAACCAUUGGAAGAGAAGGAAUCUUGUUCUUGAGAUACCUUCUCGGACACCGGAUUUUGUUGCAAUAAAAACAGCUCAAACAUCAAGUCCUACACCUAGGAAAGUGAAUUUUAUGUUAACACCAACCUCUUCUUCAGAUGCUAUAUCUUCAGGGCCAUCUUCUUCAUCCAGAGGCAAAUCAUCCAUCAAGACUCUCUUUCCUAAACUUAGCUUCAUAUACCGAAGUUCCUCGGACGUCGAUGAGGCUUCUUCGUCUGCAGGGACACAAGAGAAGGCUAAAGCUUCAAAGCCCUUGUCCAUGGCCACGAUCUUUACGCCUAGGUCGAAGCAGCAAGCUUCAUCACUACCUGUAACUCCUAUAGCUCAUUAUAAUCCAGAAUCUACACAUGAUGAAAACAACAAAGGGAGUGAACAGGAAUCAGUAAGAAGAGGAACUCAGAAACGGAUAUCUCGCUCCCUUUCUCUUCCAGCCAAUAACAAGGGAAGAAGCAUAAGGAGGACUGAUUCAUUUUUUCGUGUAAUUCCGUCGACCCCACGACCAAAGGAAGGGGAUUCGACAUUGAAUACUUCUACAACAGUAGAAAUAGAAAAUAAAGAUUCCAAUGGUGAAGACAUCUCUGAAGAAGACGCUGUUUGCAGAAUCUGCAUGGUUGAAUUAUGUGAAGGAGGUGAGACUCUAAAGAUGGAAUGUAGCUGCAAAGGUGCACUUGCUCUGGCUCACCAAGAAUGUGCAGUUAAAUGGUUUAGUAUCAAGGGAAACAAAACGUGCGACGUUUGCAAGAAAGAGGUUCAAAACCUUCCUGUAACUUUGUUAAAGGUCCAGAGCAUUCGAACUCAAGUGUUUGGGGCAGCUAGAACUCAGCAGGACAAUGUUAAUGGCUAUAGGGUCUGGCAGGAGUUUCCCGUGCUCGUGAUUGUUAGCAUACUAGCCUACUUCUGCUUUCUUGAGCAACUACUGGUGCAGGUUGCAAAAAUGGGCACCAGUGCAAUUGCCAUUUCACUUCCAUUUUCUUGCGUUUUGGGUCUACUCUCAUCAAUGACCUCCUCAACCAUGGUGAAUAGAAGAUUUGUAUGGGUAUAUGCAACAGUUCAAUUUGCUAUGGUGGUUCUCUUCUCGCACAUAUUUUACUCCGUGGUUGGUGUCCAAGCAGUUUUGGCUAUCAUACUGGCUACAUUAACUGGGCUUGGCAUCAUCAUGAGUGGAAGUUCAAUUAUUGUUGAGUUUUUAAGAUGGAGAAGACGAUGGUGGCUUCCAACAACACAACAGCACCUCGACUCUCAGAGAAUAGCACAACCGGUACGAUCGUCUAUAGCUAUAAGUUCACUGCACAAUGCUAUACCCCGCCAGCAUCACACAGUUGUGUGAAGAAACAGUGUUGACCAAAGUGAGUUAUGUUAUUGUUUGAUCUAUUGUGUAUGGUUUUCAUUACAUGUAAAAGGACUGUAGGUGGUGAGUUUUCUGAACCAUAGUUCCCUUGUAUAGACUUUAUGCCGUGGUUCUGGAAGUUGUCAACUUGUAUCAAGUUUGUGGAUAUAAUAGGAACACGAGAUAACCAGAGAGUGAAUCUGGUCUAUAGCAUUCUCAUAAAUGCAUCCCACAUAAAUUCGUGA